UUGAAACUCAUAAUAAUAUUAAAAGUUUUGUAUCCAGAUAUUUAAACUGGUUUUACUACAAAUUAGGUUCAGUUUCACAUGGAAAGUUUUAUAAAGAUAUGCGCAAAUACAACCUACGAAAUCGUUACAAUCAGCUGGUUACAACCAAACUCCAAGGGAGUAAGUAUAUUCUAUACCUAUAAAACCCUAUAGUACUAUGUAUAUAGAUAGAACAGAUACGAGGCUGUUGCUGGCGCGGCUCUUGCCUCUUAUCAUUUGUGUGUAGCGACUCACUGCGCGCGGCGUCGCAUCGAUUUUUCCACAAAACAACCCAUUUCCAACCAUCAGUUGUAUUGUAAACACGUUCCGUAAACAAGUGACGCCCACUGACGUGGUAAUACGAAUUAAAACAUUGUGAAAUGUGAAGUUUUGGUGGAAAAUAAUGCGCCACUCCCCGUGGGCAGAAUAUUACAAUGGCCGCCCAAAAUAAAGCUGAGAACGGCUCGGAGGAGAUGCCGGCGGCCACGCCGACAGACCCCAGUGCUGAGCAGAAGGAGCGGCUCAUAGCAGCCGUCAAGAAGGAGGUCAAGCAGUUGAUGGAAGAGGCAGUCACACGCAAAUUCGUUCACGAAGAAAGUGGUGGUGUAACAGCGUUGUGUGGAGCAGUCGAGUCGUGCCUCGGGCAGGGACUGAGGCGCCGCGCUCUCGGCCUCUUCAAGACCAGCUCAACCACUGCUCUACUACAUAAAAUUGCUAAGCAUUGCCCCGAAGCGGCCCUGGUGUCAGCACGAGUGCUUGCCGCCGAGGGUGCUCCAGCCACGCGCUCCGCCUCAGGUGUAGAGCGACGACCUUCAGCUCCCAGACCUCCGCUGUGCAAGAGGGGCUCGGGAUCUUUGCUCUCUCAAGCACCGCCAACUUCCAGAUACUUGUGGAUCCGCAUAGCGUUAUUCGAGCGUCAGCUGGCGAAGAUAAUUGAGCACCUUGUGAACAACGCCAAUCGGUAUUACGAGAGGGACGCGCUGGUGGCUGACCCUGACUACGGGAGCAUCUUGAGCUCUCUGCUGGUCGGGCCCUGUGCCCUGGAGUACUCCAAGGCUAAAGCACCUGCUUGCUUCUGGACUGAUCCUCCCGCAGACGAAUUGGUACAACGACACAGAAUGUCUGCCGGUACCACCACACCGCCUUCCGUGCGAAGGCCGAUCCUUAAUUUUAAGAGGAGUCUUAAUGCCUCCUCUGAUGAUGGAAGCGCGAUCAGUACAGGUACCGGCAAAGCGGCGGGAUCGAGUGCCAAAGACUACGUUGAAAGCCUUCAUCAAAACUCCACCGCCACACUUUUGUACGGGAAAAAUAAUGUUAGGGUUCAGCCGAAAGAUGUGGAGGAACCAAUGCCUGGAUAUUUAAGCCUUCAUCAAACUGCGGCUGGUUUAGUCAUAAAAUGGACGCCGAAUCAGCUCAUGAAUGGAUACGCAGAGAGCGAAGGCAUCGACAAAAGCUUGGCGCCAACCUGCACAGUUUACCGUCGCCGGUGUGCAGGCCCGCUGUGUAUUGACUGUGUAUAUUGGGCGAUGUCGUUGCAAGUGUGCGUGUGGGAGGUUGUGUACGUGCACGUGCAUCGGUCCCAAGCCAGUGAUGCGCUCAUACUGGUCGGCCAGGACGGAGUGCAGAGACCGCCCAUACACUUCCCCAAAGGAGGACAUUUAUUAUCAUUUCUCAGCAAUUUAGAAACAGGACUAUUACCACAUGGCCAGUUAGAUCCUCCCCUGUGGUCGCAAAGAGGAACUGGAAAGGUAUUUGGUCGUGGUCGAGCACGACGACGACCGAUGCCAAGUCUUUGUGAAAGUGGAGAGACAGAGGAACCUGAAUGGGAAGAAACUGCUGGCGAUUACGUGUUCCGAAUCGUCAAUAACGCUAUAGCUGAUAGAGAAGCGAUGCGGCAUUCCCUGCUAGAACGUGCAGUUCAGUCUCCGCCGCGCACUCCUCGGCGACCUCUGGCUUCCACUUCUACGACAUCAUCGGACUCCUCGACGAUGUCAGUCGAUUGUCCGCCGUCAGCGGGACUUAAUGGACAUCCGCCAUUAACUCCUAUACCCCAUCACCCGGUUGAGCAGGCUGCUUCAAUAGAGCUGGUUUGCAGUACAAUGCGUCGUCAAAUAAUAUCCAGGGCGUUCUACGGCUGGCUCGCGUACUGCCGGCAUUUGUCUACAGUGCGUACACAUCUCAGCGGACUUGUACAUCCAAAUAUUGUACCAGCAGGCGGUGCUGAAGGUGGUCUCACAGAAGAGCGAUGGCUCGCUAUGACAGACGAGACUGGAGCGAUCCAUGACAAAGACGAAGUGUACCGACUUGUGUACUAUGGAGGAGUGCAACAUGACAUCAGGCGUCACGUGUGGCCAUACCUGCUCGGAUAUUACGAAUUCGGUUCUACAGCAGAACAGCGAGUAGAACAAGACAUGGCUUGCCGUCGACAAUACGAGACCACGAUGUCGGAGUGGUUGUGUGUGGAAGCUAUCGUGAGGCAGCGCGACCGUGAGGCCACCGCCGCCUCUAUAGCAAGGCUCACCGAGGCAUCGGGGAAACUCAAACCCAGUGACAAUAAUGAUGCUAGCGAGGUAUUCGAGGACGAUUGCAGCGUUAUCUCAGACAACCCACCGAUCGUAUCACCAGAACCGAGUGAGAACGAUCAGAAGCGACCGGACAAGCCCGUACUGUCGCGAGCGCCCAGCAUAGACGAGGUCGAUAACAUAGAGAUGGACUCUGAGAGAGACAAGGAAACGAAACAGAACGGAGAGACUGACACCAGUGAUAAUAAGGAACUAGAUGUAGACAGUCUUAAAGACUUUGAUGAAGAUGUCCAUUUGAAGAGUGUUGUUGAGAACCCCGAUAUGAGGAGGGAGAGCAUAGCGGAGAUCAAGAGGCUGGCGGAGGGCAUCGUGCAGAAAGGUGACGGUCGAGGACUGCUGUGCAGUGUGGACAGUGCACAUGUUAACGGUAGCGACUUCAGGUCCUCAAUAGAUGAGAGCCAACCGAGUCCUGUUCAGCAGCACACGAGUGUUAUCAUAACUAAUCCUUCAGUUGACUUAGCGGCUAGUGGCUCUCCUCUUUCAGGAGGUACUACUGCGACCGUGAGUCCAGCUCGCAGCCCGCUGGGCGUGGUCCGCGAGGAGUCCCAGUCGGCGGGCGCCAGCUUCGACACGCUGGAGCCCGCCGACCGGCACGCGCCCGACACGCGCUCCAACUGCGUGUCGCCCGCCAGCUCCAACGGCGGCGUCUACUCCAAUGAGUUGGUCGAGUCAUUUGCAUUAAACUUACAUCGCAUCGAGAAGGACGUUCAGCGAUGCGACCGGAACUACCCCUUCUUCACGGAUGAGAAUCUGGAUAAAUUGCGAAAUAUUAUGUGCACAUACGUGUGGGAGCACCUUGAGAUCGGCUACAUGCAAGGCAUGUGCGACUUGGCAGCUCCACUGCUGGUGAUGAUGCGGGAGGAGGCCUCCGCGCAUGCGCUGUUCAACAGCCUCAUGAAGCGAGCCACCGACAACUUCCCCUCCGGACAGGCUAUGGAUGCACAUUUCGCUGAUAUGAGGUCCCUCAUCCAGAUCCUGGACUGCGAGCUGUACGAGCUGAUGCACGCGCACGGCGACUACACGCACUUCUACUUCUGCUACCGCUGGUUCCUGCUCGACUUCAAGCGGGAACUGCUCUACCAAGACGUGUUCUCUGCGUGGGAGCUGAUCUGGGCGGCGCGCCACGUGUCCUCGGAGCACAUGGUGCUGUUCAUAGCGCUGGCGCUGCUCGAGACCUACCGUGACGUCAUCCUCGCCAACACCAUGGACUUCACCGACAUCAUCAAGUUCUUUAACGAAAUGGCUGAGCGGCACGACGCCUCCGCAGUGCUGUGUCUGGCGCGGGAACUUGUUUUGCAAGUUCAAACCUUGAUCGAGAACAAAUAAGUAUCAAUUUAGAAUAUUCCCGAUAGGUCAUACUACUGUGGAAAAUGCAAGACUGCAGAAUAACAUAACUAUAAAAGACGGAAUAUAAAUUUGAAAGUUUUUUCAAAUUUAUUUCUCCUUAAGUCAGUAUAUUACUCUUGUUGCUUAUUUAUUAUUUUAUUCAACUAAAAACCUAAACGUUCCAGCGCAUAAUAAUUGGCAACAAACAUUUUACAAACGAUUUUAUAAGCUCUUAUAAAGAAUGACUACUUAUUUUUUAUCUGUGGUCUUGCAUUUUUUUGGCAAUUUACUUGAACGCGUCUAUCAUAGAAUGAAUUAAGUAAGUAGUGUAAUAGAAAAAAAUAUUUUUAAAUUUG